CAUUAUGCCUGCCAAAUGAAUAAUUUAUCGCAGUGUGUCGAUUCGGGGCGCGCGUCCCCGGGGGCUGUGGCGCGGGGCGAAGGGGUCCGCGCGCGGGGCCCGCGUCAGUCCGGCGCGAGCGGCCGAGCGAGCGCCAUGUCUGCGUGCGCGCCGCGCGCCUGUUGCAGGCCGCGCGCCCCGCCGACGCUCCUCGACAUCACCGCUAAAAUAGUGGCCGCGGCGAUCCCGUUCCAACGCAUAGAGGAACGCUAUGAGCGCAUCCCGGAGCCCGUGCAACGUCGUGUGGUGUAUUGGUCGUUUCCUAGGGACGAGCGGGACAUUUGCAUGUACUCGUCCCUGGCGCGAGCGCCCCCGGAUGACCACCGCAACAUCGCCUUCUGCCGCGGGCUGAAGCUGCUGGAAGCCGGUUGUGUGGAGAGUGUGCUACAAGUCGGUUUCCACUUGAGCGGCGUGGUGCGAGCCCCGGCGGCAGUCCCUCCAUGUUCGGAACCAGAACGGCUAUACAGGGUCACAGUCUCCUUCGACCGGUGCAAGAUAACCGGUGUGACAUGCAGCUGCGAGGCGCGGGACAUCUUCUGGUGCCAACAUGUGGUGGCGCUGGCGCUGUACCGCAUCAGGAACGCAGACUCCGUCCGACUGCGAGUCCCCAUAUCAGAAACCCUCCUCCAAAUGGACAGGCAGCAGCUCCAAAAGUUCGUCCAGUACCUCAUUGCCGAGCACCACACAGAGGUGCUGCCAACAGCCCAGCGGUUAGCUGACGAGGUCCUUCAGGCCCGAUCGGCAAUCAACAGGAUCUGUGGUGCGCCGGAUCCGACCGCGGGUCCACCACCAGACGCACACCAUGCUUGGCAUUUGGAUGAGCAACAGGUGUGCGAGCAAGUCAGAGCGUAUUUACUACAGGGGACUUAUUACAAUGCAAACAAGCAACUCAAUUCAUUAUUUUCUAAGGUACGAGAAAUGCUUCGAGCCCAAGACUCAAACGGCCCUCGAAUGCUAAUGCUCAUGACCGAGCAGUUCCUCUCAGACCCUCGGCUCCUCCUGUGGAGGAACCAGAACCCCAUGACAGAGAAGUGCCGGCAGCUGUGGGAGCAGCUGGGGGCACUCUGGGUCAGCAUAGUGCUGGACCCGGGGAGCAAUAAGCACCAUAGGAUACAGUGGAGGCAUCUGCUGGAGAAGUGGAGUGCGGUGGAGGUGUGUCCGACUGAGGAUCCGGAUUACAGAUCGUUUCCAUUGUAUGCGAGAGAAAGGGAAAGAAACGAGAGAGAUCGUGACAGAGACCACAGAGACAGGGACAGAGAAAGACAUCGCGACAGGGAAGAACGGGACAGGGAGAGGCUACGGGAACGCGAGGAGAGAGACAGAGAAAGACAUAGAGAAAGACAAAGGAGAGAAAUGCAUUCCCAUUCGGAGAGUUCCGAUGAAGAACCUAGACCUAAUAAUUAUGAACGCGAGUACAGGAGAGCCAGUAAGAGAUUAAGACUUCACAACCAAAGGCCGGCGCCCUCACUCACACCGCGAACAGUUUUCCACAAAGCGCUGGACGCAGUAGACAUAUCCUGGGAGAACGAGCAUCUAAAGAACAUCCUCGGAAGCGACGAGUACGCCGACUGCGAGAAAGGCAAGCCGGGGGGAUCCAACACCAAGCAACCUUACCCCAAGUUCAAUGACCUUGGACAGCCUCUGUGGCAUGAACACUUACCCGUAGUAGGAGCUCGAAUAGAAGCGCUUCGGGCACACGGGCGAGCGCCGGCGGCUCUGCGGUUGGCUGUCAGUGCUGCGAGGGCCAUGCGGCAUCGACAGGAGGUCGCUCAACAGCGGUGGCAAGAAGUCGGCGCGGGCGAGGCCUCCUCCAGCGGCGGCGCCACCCCCGCCUGCCCCGGCCCGGACUCCUGCCCCGGCACCUGCGGGGAGCGGGUCAAACUGUCCCAAGUCUGUGCCCAUAUGGACCCAGGAGCCUGUCUAACUGGUGGGCCGACCUGUGCUCUCUCGCAUUCACAUCGGUGUAUAGGAAGAGACAGCCUAUGUUGGACGGGCUGGACGCUAGAAGCGAUCUGGUGCGUGUACGAGUGCCUCGCAGACGCAUGUCUUGCGCCCGAUGAUCAGCGCGCAUCACCUCGCCUUCACACGUAUUUGGACGAGGAACCUAAUACUGGUUUACCGCCAAGAUACCAGCACGUGCCAGUAGCAGGCAGUAAGAACCCUGAAGAAACUUAUUUGGCACUGGCUUUAGAAGCAGCUCUUCUUGGGCUGGGUUUACAGCGAAUGUUGCCAAGUGGCCUGUACGCGCAAGAGCGGUAUUGCAAGCAGGAGGAGCGGUUAAUAGCCCAACUGCAACGCGUGGAAGGCGAAGCGGCGGCGGCGGUCGGCGCGCGCGUCGCGACGGCGUUGCUUGACGGCGGACCAUCUUCCUGUCUCGGCGCGCGAGUUCAUCCACGAUCGGCGCCAGCACAUACGUUCGCUCGGUUUUUGUUUUUAGCGUUGUUGCCAGCUGAACCAGAGCUUGCGUAUAGGGUUGGACUGCGUGCUAUGAGGUUACCAAUGGUGGAAGAGGCGUACGCGUUAGACAGCGCCGGCGGGACCGGCGCGGCGGGCGGCGGCGCCGGCGCGUGGCACACGUUACAGCACGCUGAGCAGCAACAAGCGGCUCUAGCUAGCGCGCUAUUAGGUGCAGCACGAGGCAAUCCAGGCCGCCUUCGUCCAGCAUUAGCAGCAGCCCAACGCCACGUCCGCUCAGCAGCGCAGCUGUUCCGUCUAGCACAGGACGCGUUGCGACAUGCCGCGCCGCCCGACGCGCCGCACCACCACAGAGACUUGCUGCACGCCGCCUUCGAGCUAGGAUUACAGGUGCUACGCAUGACGCUGUCGUCAGUUAACUGGCGGAGGCGAGAGAUGGUCCGCUGGCUAGUCACCUGUGCGACGGAGCUGGGUCUCGACGCGUUGCUCUCUAUCAUGCAGAACUGGUACGAGCUGUUCACGCCAACCGAAGCGACGGGCCCAGUCGCUGCGGCCGCCAUGUCCCACGCCACGGCGCUGCGAUUAGGACUCAGCUUUGAGCAGCAAGAGAAGCUGAGCGCAUGCGCGAGGACGCUAGCCCUGCAGUGUGCUGCUAAGGACCCACCAGGCUGUGCCCUCAGCGCCCUAUCCGUGUGCGAGGGCUCCGCAGGCGCCUUCGAGGCGGCCUGCGCGGCUGUCGGCGGCGCUGCGGCGCGAGGGGCUCUAGCGUCGAGUCAACUCUUCGCUGUAGCCAGAUAUAUGGAGCAGAGAGGCCAACCGGCGAGGGCGAUGAGGCUAGCGACGUUGGCUAUGAGGAAUCUUCACCUUCAUUAUAAUCAGGACACCCAUCCAGCUAUCGCGGACAUCCACUGGGCCGUGGCGUUAGCACAUUCGCUAGGCCGCGCGGAGCUUCAAGCCAUGUUGCCUCUACUUGUCAAAAACGUUCAAUGCGCUCCUGUAUUGUCGGACGUCCUUCGUCGCUGCUGCGUGGCGGCCGCCGGCUGCUCGCGCGCGCGCCCCCCGCCGCGGCCGCCGACGCCGCUGAGACCGCUGCUCGAGGCCGCGUUGCGCGCCUACGCCUCCACCACGCAUGCGCGGCUCGCGCACAUCUCACCCCGCCAUUAUGCUGACUUCGUCGAGUUCCUUGGUAAAGCUAGAGACACAUUCGCGCUCGCGCAUGACGGCCCCCACCAGUUUGCGGCUCUGCUCCAGGAAAUCAAACUCAAGUACAAGGGCAAGAAGAAACUAAUGUUCCUCGUCAAAGAACGCUUCGGUUGAACAUUAAUGCCAUACCUAUAUAAAACAGUUAUUUUUGUAUGAACGGCACCGAUUUUCAUUAUUGAAAAACGGUUUUAAGUAAUAUUUUCUUACACAAUACCUGAUUUUCGUAAAAAUCUAAACCUUCCACAUAAUUUCAUUAUUCUGGAUUGCAUUUUCUUAGUCUUCAAAGAAACUAGACACAGCACAAUUAAUGAUUUAACAGACAAUGUUAUCAACAAUUGCGUUAUGCCUUAACUUAACAUUGGAAACUCAAUUCAAAAUGAUUCUUAAAUUUUGUGAGGUGCAGUUUAUAAUCCAAAUGGCAUUCAAGUAAACUCGAAACAUCCAGUGUAGGUUUUAAACGCAGUUGUCAAUAACAUUUCGGAAAUUAUUGCAGUUUUAUAUGGGAUUUAAUGACUUUUAUUGCUGUAUUUCUUCAAGUAUGAUAUCGGAUCUCUAAUGAAUAACGGCCGCGACUUAUCUUACGAUUUUAUAAAAUAGUUUUUUUUGUUUGGCAGAGCGAAUAAAACGGCUUUUAAUUGAGUUUUUGCAACCAUAAUCUAUUAAAACAUCGUUUUUUUUUUACAUGUUAUAUUUUUGUUACAUUAUUAUCUGAAAGUGUUGUCGAGACGGUAUUUCAACGCUGUUGUCAUUUGUUUUUUUAAGUGCAAUCAAUCCGUUUGUUUUUUUUUUGUUAAAUUCGUGCAAUAUGGCGCCGCUCUUUACUGUUGUCUUUGUCUAUGGCCAUAGACUUUUGUACUUUUACCGGUAAGGUAAACAUCAAUACCUCAUGCAUGGUAACACUGAGUACCAAACCAGUCUAACGUAAAGUAUUAUUUUUUAUUUAACGCAUAGAUAAUAGACCUCAGAAAUGUCAUUUUAAUGUAAGUAAAUAUUGUAAUGAUCUCAAUGAUUCCAUUUUGUGUAAAUAGACUUAAUUUGUGUAAAUAUAGAUAUGUUUAGGGAUCGGAGGAAUGUACGUAUAGUUUUUUCGGUUUGUGCGAACGGUUUAUUUUUCUGGUCCACGAAUGUAAAUGAAUCAAGGAUACUCUGAACAGUAUUUCUUAUAUAUCAGUAUAUAUUAGGGUGUUUGCACAGACCUAGGAUAGUAUAGCUCGCCGUCGUAUAGCGUCCGCAAUGGAAUCAAUCAAUAAAUAUGACAUAACACCAAAGAAAUAUUAAAAUAAGUCCAAGUGUGAGAUAACCAUGCCGUUCUCUCUUUAAAUGAGCGUCCACUCUCUUCUCUCUGAAUCCCAUUUUUAGAAGGAUAUUAGACUAAUAUAAUUCCACAAACUUAAAACUAAUGCGUUUCCUUGACAACACACUAAGACCCACUUGUACCAACCACUUAACUCAGGGUUAGUGGGCUGUCAACUGUCAAAUUCCAUAUAAAAUGGUGUGUUAACACUCAGGUUAACCCUUCAUUUUCGUUGGUGCAAGUUCCCCUAAUAUUAUUAGACUAAUAUCUUUCGAGAAAUGGGCCCCUGGUGUCAUUUUUUCAACCACCUUGUUCCAUUUUCAAAACACUUGAUAUUUUUGUUCCUAGCCAGACUAAAAAUUACUUAUGGAUCUAUAUUUGAACCACUUUUUUGCCGCCUUUUUGUUUAUGCUCUCAUGUUGAUUUUUAUGUUAGUUUUUAUGCUUUUUACUACCAUUUUACGUUUGGCUAGAUGACAAUUGGUUAAUAAAGUGGAGGCCAAUAAAAAUAUUAGUUCUACUUCAUUGCCAAUUGAAAAAGGGCCUAUUUUUCGAACGAUAUUCAAAUAUUGUUGUAAAGUCUAAAGACUAAAUAUUAGUCUACAAAAGUAACUGAAAUCGUAUGGGUCGCAAUGCCAACAUACAAAUGAUAACUUUAAUAUCGUUCGAGAAAUGGGCCCACAUAUAAUACCGCAUUAUACUUUUUACUUCGGCGUCUUAGACUCUGUUUUUAUGUACUUGUAACUUUCACUCUAACGUAGCGUAGAUAAUCUAACAAGAAGUGCAUUUAUAAAGAUAGAUGUUUAAUGUUUAAAUAGACAUUCGGAUAGUGUUCAAAUAUUAGUAUGAAUUGGAAAUAGUUGUAAGGAUAAAAACGGGGAAUUUUGUACUUUUUGUGGUGUUGUGGGUUGGGGUUGCCCGUCUUAAAAACACUUAAAUUUUAUGGAAAUUGCCAACCCGAUUAUAAUGUGUCAAAUAAAAUAGAGUCACACCACACAUGACUGUCUAAUUGUUUCGUUUUAUAAUUAUUGUAUAUAAUAUUAUUGGUAAUGUUUAGUUAAAGCGCUGAGUGUUCGAAUAUUUCGAUCUGAGAUUGGCACAAGUUUUGAAACAGUAUAAUAUAGGCUUUGGUUCCUUGAAUGAACUUUUUCACAGUAAAAGAUAUUUUUACAUAUAAAAUUCAAAUAUGUAAAUCGGCCUAGACAUAUGCAGCAUACAUUACCUAUUAUACAUAUAAUAGGGAACAAAGUUACAUUCAAAAUGACAUAUAGAUAUCGCCAGAAGAAU